AUGAACAGCUCUGUAAUCAACUCCAGUCUACUGCUCAACCAAACCACUCCAAGCUCUGGACGCCUGCCCUGGUACCAGUUUGAUGUAUGUAAGGAGGCACCAAGUGGUUUUGUGUUUUACUAUGCCGUGAAGGUGUUCAACCUGGUGGUGGGAUUUCCAGCAAACAUGAUAGUGAUGUGGCAGGUGCUACAAAAGAAAACCGAUUCCUCCACAUCAGACAUUUUCAUCUUCAACCUGGCCAUCUUCGAUGCCUACUUCUGCCUGAUGACCCCCAUUGAGCUGGUGAACCGUCUCCUGCUGAAUGACGAUCGUAUAUGGUACUUCCAGCGUUUCGCCUACGGAAUCAAGGAUGUCACCCCCCUCUUCCUUACCUGCAUCUGCCUGGACCGCUAUGUCGCCGUGGUCCACCCAAUUGUCUUCACUGGAAUCAGGGACAACAAGAUCAGGGUGGCCUUUUCCCUGCUGGUGUGGGCACUGGCUCUCGCCUAUGCCCUGUCUAAAUCCAUCGUGGGAGUUGACAGCACAACAAGCAUCUUCACCGGGCUGAUCCUGUCCGCCUUCAUCAUCAUGGUCUUUUGUAACCUCUCCAUCAUCUGGGUUCUGAGGAAGUCAGUAGUUGGCAAAGAGGAGAUGCACCCAAUGAAGAAGAAAGCCUUCAGAAUGGUCUCCAUCAUUUUGGCUAUCAUUGUCUUUAACUACCUGCCUCCAGUGGCACUUUUUCCCUUCACGGCGCACUACAGCUUCUUGGCCUUCAAGUGUCAGAUUAGUGUGAUUGCCUUCUCAAUCAUGGACCUGAGCUGCAGUAUUGAGCCCCUGCUCUACAUGUCCAAAAUGGAGAAAAUGACAGGCUUUGCUAACAUACCCUGCAGCUGCUGGAAUAACCCCUCCAAGUAG